AGACUUGAACGAAGGAAGAAACAAAUAUUGCAAGCGUCGUCUAGUCUUGAUAAUCAUCAUGUUGAUCGUUUACGCUAUGAUCAUCAAUGCUUUUGUCCAUCUCUACUACAAACCCAAAUAUCCUACUGUCUCCCUCACCUCUGUCACCGUAUCCUCCUUCACCACUUCCUCCAAGUCCUCCACCAUCUCCUCUGAUAUCACCCUCACAGUCACCCUUAAAAAUCCUAACGAAGACAUGGACAUUACUUAUGGCGGAAUAGACUCCCAUGUUCUAUAUCAUGAUGAUUUCAUCGCAACAAACGACUACCGUAGUUUUGUUCAUAACGCUGGGGAAACUAUAAGCAAGGUGAUAAGGUUGGUAGAAGAGGAUGGCAAUGUCGAUGCCCACACAAUCAACGCAAUUGAUGGCGAUGUAGCAAACAAUCAUGGGGUGGUGAAGUUUGAGGUGAAGAUGGAGGCAUUAUUGGCUUUUAGCAAGAUUCAUUGGAUUCCGGAAUUAUUGGCUGUGUCCUGUCCUGAUGUUAACAUUCAAUUCGAAAACGGGACGACGAAAGGAACAAUGGUCGGGCCUGCGGUUACCUGCAGUGCUUUUUAA